GACUAUACACAAUGAUUCCACGGCUACCUCGAUACUUUCUAAAAUAUUUUAUAAUUUUCACAUUUUUCUGUGUAACUUUUUGUUUUUUAAAACUUUGUCUAGGUGAAAAUGGAGUGGAAAAGAAAAACCACAAAACAAUUGAAGCUUAUCAAUAUACACACACAUUCAUUCAUUCAGCUUAUUACUAUCCAAAAUCGAAAUCACUCGGUGAAAAUGCUGUUGUUCUCGUUACCACAAUGAAUAAGAGAACAAUGUGGAAAAUUCUCGAUUAUAAAAUUAAUAUGAUAGGGACAAAUCAAUCCACACAUCACACCACGAGAGCAUCUCUUUCCACAGAGCAUCGAAUUAUUGAAAGAUGUGAUUAUAUGUUAAUUAUUGCUCAAACAAAUUCAAUCGACAACAUGGAUAAACUAGAAAUUGAAGCUGAAGGUGUUUUAGUAGAGAUACCAUAUAAAAAGCCCAUUUACAUCGCACCCAAACCUGUAAUAUUCUGUGUGUCCCCGCAGUUUGCCGCUGAACAAUGGCAAACAUUCUUAGUUCAACUUCACGUUUCAAAAAGAUAUGGUGCACACCUCCAGCUAUACAUUGUUUCAAUGGUUGAAUCUUAUUUUAAUUUAAUAUCAGAAUAUGAGAAAAUGGGAUUGGUUUCUAUCGAGCCAUGGCUAACUAUUAAGUUUUCAUCAACCGAUGGCCCAUAUCUUGAACCAAAUCGAAACGUCGAGCUUAGAAAUCAAGCAGGAGCACAUACAGAUUGUCUUUUAAAAUACAAAGAAUCUGCAAGUUUUAUUGGGAGUCUUGAUAUGGAUGACAUUCUCAUUCCAAACAAUGCCAACUCGUAUUACGAAGAAUUUGAAAGAGAGUAUGCUGGAAGCCAAUUCAUUAGUGCUUUACAUUAUGAUAAAUACGAUUAUAAAACAAUCAAAGUAUCAGAACUUCGAUCUCAAAGUCUAUCUGCAAUUGUAAAAAAUGCUGAACGUCUUUCAACCAAAGACACAGGAAAAUCAUUUGUUCGACCUGAAAGGUUUAAUUCGACAUGGAGUCAUUGGUCAAGAGCAGCUCAAAAGAAGCCGAUUUAUUUGGAUGGUUAUGAGAAACCAAUACUUAGAGAAUUGAAAACGAUAUCCAACAACGGAAUGUUUCAUUUAAAAAACAUGUACUUAACUGAAUUCAAUGAUCUAGGAAUCGGUCAAAUUCCACUGAACCCAACUGAUAAUGUUACUCAAUUGAUAGAAAGAGAACAUUUAGCAGAAAUUGAUGCCGAUAUGAAGAGAAUGCUCUCAAUGCCAUCUAUCUCGAAACUUGCUGAUAGUUUACCCAAAGAGGAAUUCUACAUGCCAAUCAUUUUCAAAUGCUACAAUGAAUCUUUUUAUCACCUUCGAGAUACUAAUCAAAUGCGUCCGGAUAUUCUUUGUGUUAAUGCAUACAGUUGUGAUCUUCCUCAACAAGUUGGCAAUCGAUGUGUUCAUUCAGAUGCCACGUAUCAUUCGGGUCCUCCAAUGUGGCCAAUAUCAUUUCAUUUUGCAACAAAUUCAUUUUUCUCUAGAGAUAUUGGAUGUUAUCAGUAGCUCAUCUUCUUAACUUUGACCGUUUAGUGAAUAGUUGAAUGUCGGCAUUACUGUCAUUCUGACCAA